CCAAAAUUCUAAACUGAUAAUUUCCUCUUUUCUUUUUCCUCCCUUGAAAAAACUGAUGAAUCACUGGAGUUUUUUCGUUUUAGUUGUUAGGGUACUUGUUUACCUCCUUGAAUUUUAAAUACGUUACUACCCUAGUGUUAGGUAGCACUACCGUUUUGCAAAUCUUCAUCAACGUACAGUGUGCUAACUGGUAACAGCAAACAACGUCGUCGUUCGGUCUACAGUGGAAAACGGAAUCAUGGCAUCACUAGACAGACUGUUGAAUUGUUUAUAUUCUACGUCAGAUUUCUUGGAACAGCAAUCAAUUUUAACAGAUAUAACCGCCGAAAUCAGUGCCAGCUCGAAAGAUGAAUUCGAUGGGAAGUGCCGGUUCGUGUGCUCGCCGAGAUUUCUGGACACCUUAAGGACGAUAUUCAAGCUGACAUCUACGACUUUUCUCCACAGUCAGGAAGGACUGCAUAAAUGCAUAAUAUUGAUAUCGGAAUUAGCCAAAUGUGAAAGCGUGCGACAUGCACUGGAACCCUUCUUGGUUGCUCUCACUGAUUUUUUGGAACGUGCAAGUUUGAGUGAAUCAUUUCGAUUCGAUGUGGUUUAUGAUUGUCUGCGAGCCACUGGGAACAUCUGUUAUGAAAAUGAUUCAGGAAGACAGAUUUUCCUGGAUGCUAAGGGAUUCGCGAAACUACUGUCUGCCAUGAAUUUAGCUGUAAGUUGGGCGCAGAGCGAACCGAAGGAAGUACUGAAACUCACGAAAACGGCUGUCGGAUGUUUAUGCAAUGUCAUUGAUUCCAAUGCUGCGUGCCAGAAAGCUGCAAUUAGUAGUGGAGUUUUCGUUCUUUUGCGACGUUUGCUGUGUGAUGAUUUUUAUACUGAGUUACAUGCCACAAUUUUAGCUGCUUUUGUGAUUUUGGCCGAGCACGUAGAAACGUUGGAAUCGCUGGGAGAUCCACAGCUAAUAUCGUUGUUAUUAGAAUUCCUGCAGGCAGAUAAUGACAACCUUGUGGAAAAUUCGCUGGACCUUCUGGUUAAAAUUUCCGACUCGGAGGAGGGAAAACUUGCUGUUAGGCAAGCCAACGCAAUUUCCAUUCUUCUAGAAGUGUUAGAGCGAAAUAAUCUGAACAGUGAAUUGCAAGACCAGUGCUCCAGUUUGCUUGUGGAAUUAUCUGUGGGUUGCGCGUUGCCGCAUAAUCACAACGAGAAUGGGAUCUGCUUUGAAGCUGAAAUGGCCGCGAAAUGGCUGGUCGACAAUGAUUGGAAUCGAAUUUCAAAACGCAUAACAGCCGCUUUAUUUAUUGGGAAUCUGAUGCGUGAUGAACAGAGCUGUUUGGCCUUUAUUAGUCACCGGCUUUCCGACGGAAAUACUGUAGCGGAAAUUUUGAAGAAUGUUUUUAUUCAGUCCUUGGACUUAGCGGAUAAGAUUUUGGCUUCCGAUGAUUUCAGAACUGACACUGGCCGGUGUAAUCAGUGCAUUAAAUCGUCAAGUCGUCUUUCACAAAAAUUGCAAGAAGACGACAAUUACACAGAUAUCCAACCGGAAGAUUGUCCAAAUUGUUUACUUAUCUCUCAGCGGAAGCAGGUUUUGCAACUUCAGUAUGCGGUUGUGUCUGCUUUGAAAAAUUUGGUGGUUAACGAAACCGUUCGCCGACGGGUAUUCCUUGAUUUAAAUUUCGCUGAGGUACUGAUUUUGGCUGUUGUGAAGCUGGGGCAAUUCACUUGCGGGCCGAUUCGGUCACCUGUUGUUAGUAAAUUUCUGGCACUUCUACGCAUGUUUAUCUCUCUCGAUCAGGAUACGGCAGUGUUGUUUGGAACUUCGGACGUUGUGGUCAAGCAGAUGUUUUCGUGGGUUACAGAACCGACUGUAACGAAUUACUCCCUUUUAGCCGUCGUGACCACUGUAAAAACUUCGAAUUACUCAUGUAAUGUGAUGAAUUGCUUCUUGCGGCAUGGGAUGGUGAAGCUGCUGUCGGACCAACUAAUCGAAAAAGCCGCCGCAGUUGUGAUGAGUGGGUUAGGCGCGAUUGCCUUGUUUUUCCAACAACAAGAUGCAGUUCGAAUGUUUUUGGAAGAUGCUGACCAUCAGGAAUUUUUAAGUGCUUUGAAUACUUGCUUACAAGAUGGCAGACUGUCGACAGAUGGCGUGCUUUUAGGUUUACAAAUUGUUGAAUAUCUGAGCCGUGCACAGAAAUUUGCUAGUGUGAUUCUGCGAUCCGGAAUUCCCGGCACUGUGGCCCGGUUAAAAAGUCAUCCUGUGGAAGAUAUUCGGAAAAAAGCUGCUCAAAUUGACACAUUCUUGUAAAAUUUGCGCUGACUUUUUUUUACAUGGGUUUCUGUGGACUUUCUGUGAUUCUAACCGUAAGUUCAGUUUUGACCUUUUAAUUGGUUCUAAUAUUUUGCGCAGAGGCUGCGUCGCAAUAAAGCUUGUAGCCUUUUUCUGUUCUUUUGUACAAAGUAAACUGAAAUUAAAAGAG